AAUCAUCAUUGGUCCAAAUACAGAACAGUUCCCUCACUCUGGUGUUCUUGGCUGCUGACAGAGAGGAGAGGGGGAGCGGGAGGGGGGGGGUAACCUCAAAUUAUUAUUGCAACUCUGUCCACUGUGAGCCCAUGAGGUGUUUGUGUGCAGAAACUAAAGCUGGAUUCAUACUGAGGACAUGGGAGUCACCCAUGGAAAGAAGAGAGAUCUCCAACAUUCUACAGAGACACACCUGAACGGGUCUGCCUCAGUAAUGCAGACACACAAAAUUGAACAGCAAGACCGACAUUCAAAGCCUCAGGCUCCUCCGUCUCAACUACACAGUGUGGAGGAGAGCAGUAAUCUCAUCAGACCGCAAAAACCUCUCAAUCCUGUAACAGCCUCCAAGAGUCACCAGGAGCUCCAUAAAGAACUGCGGAUGACCCACAAGAGGAGAGUGUCUCAAGACGGAAAGACUGAACUCCAGAAGGCUUUAGAAAAGAGGAGAUGGGAACAAAGGAUGAAGGCGAGCAGGGAUCAGGAAGAGACAAAGAGGAACAGAUCUCCACUUCAUCAGGAACUGUUGAAAAGACAACAGAGGCUAGAAAAGCUUGAAAGAGAAAAAGGACAACAGCGAGAGGGGCCAGAGUUCCUUCGAGUCAAAGAGAGGCUGAGAAGAACUGCAGUGUUAGAUGUAGGAGGAAAAAUAGUGUGACAGUUAUGAUUUUAUCGAUUGAAUGUGCGUCUUUUGUGUCAGUACAAUGGACGUUGGUAUUAAUUGAUUGGACAGAGAGACUGAUCUCAUGAGGGCUUUGAAAAAACACAAAAGAUCAUAAAACUGCACAACAUAUAGAUAUUCAGCAGUCAUAAUGAAAACAACAGUCCGUUACGGUGAAUUAACACAUUUGGCAGCCAAUCGUCCCAGUGAUUAGCUGAGCAAAGGUGCAAGAGCUUAUAGGAGCAGUCAGUAUUUUCCGUUAGAAAUCAAAGUGUACAUGUAUGAAAAAUAAUAUAACGAUUCAGUUUGA